AAAGACAGAUCCUUCUUCUGGCGCCUUUUACUGCGCAUUCAAACUCUAUAUCUUCCUUCAGCUUCUCCCACAAGCAAAAGAGACACAGAGCCAAAAUUCCCUCUUUCCCUCUUCCUGGGUUGUCAACUAGUGUUCAAAGUUGAUACCUUUUUCUCGGAUAUUCUCAAGCUCGUCAUUCGACUUUCAUGGAGGACUGUACGGUCACCCAGUCUUUGAACUCCCCGCAGACCGAACAGCACAUGGCAAGUACGGCCGACAUUAACGGCCCCUCCUUUGUUUUGGGGGCUGUUGGAGUCCAGAACUCCGCCGUCGGAGGAAAUUCCGAGGCUAUCGGUUCGGAAGUUGGGUUGAAGAGGAAAAGGGGAAGGCCUCGGAAGUACGAUGGAAACCUUCCGUCUCCAAAAUUGUCGCCGUCGGGAUUUUCAAACUCUUCAUCUGCUAAGCGAGGCAGAGGAAGGCCACGUGGCUCUGGAAAGUUGCAGAUUUUAGCUUCAAUGGGAGGAAUGUUUUCAGCCACAGCUGGAGGAAGCUUUAUCCCUCAUGUAGUGAUUGUGAAUCCUGGAGAGGAUGUUGCGAAUAACAUAUUAUCAUUUUCUAAUAAAUCCCCUCGAGCUCUUUGCAUACUCUCAGCUAUUGGUGCUGUAUCUAUUGUCGACAUUCAGCAACCGGAUUCUUCUGGUCGUUGUUUGAGAUAUGAGGGUCUCUUUGAGAUAAUAACUUUAUCUGGAUCAUAUACCUAUGGUGGCAUCGGUGGUGAUAUGCACCGGAAAAGUCUCACCAUGAGGAUAUCACUAGCUCAACCUGAUGGGAAGAUUUUCGGAGGUGGUGUUGGGGGCUCACUGAUAGCAGCAGGCCCUAUUCAAUUAAUUCUGGGCAGUUUUAAGCAAAACAUCAGUAGUGAAAUUAAAAGACGGCUGUCCCCUGGAUCUUCUGGUGCUGCCGACAUGCCUGGUGAUUCAGAUUCAGUGAGGCUUUCCUUACAGGUUCCUAAAUUGAUAGAAUCUGAACAGAGCUUUCCUUCACCAACAUCUGGACUUAUGCCGACAUCUAAUGGAUUGCCUGAUCAUGUCAUGCCUAGAACAUCUAAUGGAUUAUCUGACAAUGUCACUGCUGCCACAGCUAAUGGUAAUGGGUUGCCAGAUUUCUUUACUCCGAAUCAGAGCAUGCAAUCUACCUCGUUGAAUGGUGCUGGCCUAGACUGUCAGGUCUUGCAGCCCUUUCCAGAUCCAAUGACGUUUGGAGAUAUUAAUAAUCGUGUCUCUCAGAUGUGAUGCUGCGUGAAACAGUCACUUUCAAGCUUGUAUUUCUUCCUUCUUUCUUAUGCUAGGGGUCGUAUUUAUGUGGGGGCUGACUUAGAACUUAGAAGUGGGUUCUCUCUUCUUCUUCUUCUUCUUCUUCUUUUUUGCCCUUUUUUUUCCAUUCCAGUUUUUCAGGUGGUGAAAAAUUUACUAUUAUGACUUAUAAUUGACGAACUUGUGAGAGAAAAGCGAGGUCAGGUGGUGAAUCUCACUCGGGGAGAUUGUCUUUCAAUCUUACUUCUCUUAUA